UUCCCUUUUCUCUCUCCUCGCAUCUCUCUCUGUAGAAGGAAAGGAGGAAAAAGGCUCCUAAAACCCUCGCCGAAUCGCCCUCCGAGGAGAUCACGCGAGGGGGAUUGAAGCAGAAGUGGAGGGGAGGAGGGAGUAGAAGAGCCGUAGAAGAGCCAAAUCCACUACGGAUUGCGAUCCUUUGGAGGCGGGUACUCGAGAUCUAGGUCCAGAUGGCGGGGGCGACUCAUCAAGGGCCGGAUCGAAUUGACUCAAUUGAGCCAGUGGAAUCAUCAAAGGUAGAUGCUGAGCAGAAAUCACUUAGUGCUGAGGAUUCGGAAGAACAGCCACUUUCUGCCAAACAUGAGAAAGUGGUAUCACCUAAAGUUGCUCAUGACUCAAAUACCGUGAAUCUAUCAAAAGAUGCCCCAGGCCAGCUGGGUUCUCUGGAUGCAGGUGGAGACCGCACUGCUGUUUGUCCGCCCAACAUCUAUGCCCCUCAGGCACAAACAUUCUUCUAUGGAGGAUAUGGAAAUGCUACUAGUGAGUUUGAAGAAUAUCCGCGGUUUUUAAAUGUUGAUGGCUUGGAAGUUGGACCAACUGGUAUCUACAAUGAGAAUCCCUCUCUCAUGUUCCAUACUGGAUAUGGGUACAGUCCUCAGAUGCCUUAUGGACCUUAUUCUCCGGUUACAACUCCUAUACCUUCUGCCAGUGGAGAUGGCCAGCUUUACACUCCUCAGCAUUUCCCAUUCUCGGGCCCUUACUACCAGCAACCAGUUCCUCCUAGCAUGCCAUAUAUUACUUCUCCAACUCCAGUUUCGCAAGCUGAGUUAACCAUGCCAGUUGACCACCAAGAAGCUUUUCUUGCCGAUACUUCGAAUUCCAAUGGCAUGCUGUUUGGACCAAGACCUGGUUACCACGUUUCAUAUGGUUCUUUCGGUACAGGUAGCUUUGCUGGAAAUUCUGGUAAUCCUGGUUUCUCUGAUUUAAGGCAAGAGUUUGAUGGUUUUGGCUCUGACGGGUUUUGGUCAGAUUGGUUGAAAUCACCAGAUGGGAUGGGUUCUUUGACUCCAUUGUCACCAGCAGCUUCACCUCAACCAAUUGGUGCACUUGUAUCGUUUGGGCAAAGCACAAUGCCUUUAGCUGGAAUGGCUCCACAGCAACCAAAGUCCUUCUAUGGUUUUGGAUCCUCAAUUAGUUCCUAUGACAGAGGGUACUCUCAUGGUGGGAUGUAUCAUCAGGGCAGUAAUUUUGGGGGUUCCAUUCCCAGCUUGGGAGUUAAUGUACGGAGUUUGAGUGCAGCUGACAAAGGCAGGAGGCGAGGAAAAGGUAAUGCUUCAUCGUGUAGUUGCAAUGGUACUCCAGACUUUCUCUGUGAGCAAAACCGAGGGCCACGGGCUACUAGACCAAAGAAUCCAGCAGUGGAACAGAACUCAUCACUGGAUGGUAAAAAUGACAGUUCUACUACAAAAGCUAAUCGUGAGUUAUACAAUAAUCCGGACUUUGUUACGGAGUACAAGGAUGCCAAGUUCUUUAUAAUAAAAUCUUACAGUGAGGACAAUGUCCAUAAGAGUAUUAAGUAUGAAGUUUGGGCCAGCACUGCCAAUGGGAACAGGAAGUUGGAUUCUGCUUAUCAUGAGGCAAAAGAAAAGGACAAUCCAUGUCCAGUUUUCUUAUUUUUCUCGGUAAAUGCCAGUGCACAGUUUUGUGGGGUAGCUGAGAUGAUUGGACCUGUAGAUUUUGAGAAGAGUGUGGACUAUUGGCAGCAAGACAAGUGGAGUGGUCAGUUUCCUGUCAAGUGGCAUAUUGUGAAAGAUGUGCCGAACAAUCUAUUUCGCCAUAUCAUCCUUGAAAACAAUGACAAUAAGCCAGUAACCAAUAGCAGAGACACCCAGGAGGUAAAACUGGAACAAGGUUUGGAGAUGCUAAGCAUUCUCAAAAAUCAUGAGGCUGACAUGUCAAUUCUUGAUGACUUUGACUUCUAUGAGGAGCGGGAGAAAGCAAUGCAGGAGAGGAAGGCUCGGCAGCAGCAGCAGCCAUUCAACUCUACAGUGGCGUCUUCAGCAGUUGUUGGCAAUGAGCAAAGGAACCCAGCAGCCAUCUCUGGUGAUGUCAUAAAGCAAAUUUCAAAGAGCUUUGCUCAAGCUGUCCGGUUGGAAGAAGGUAAAAAUGCAAACCCGCCUGGAGUUAGAAACAGCUCCACCAAUGCGACUGCUGCUCAGCCUCAAGAUUUGGUAAGUGAGCAACUGCAACUGUGACAGCCGCUGGUUUCCUGCCAAAGCUUUAUGCUUGUCUUCUGCCUGAAGGCAUCUUUAUUUGUGGUUUGACAUCUGAAGCUUGGAAGCAGCAACGAAUGGUUAUGCUCGAAGUGGUAAUUAUGGAUGAGGCUUUUGGUAGGAAAAAGAGGGGGGCUGCUCGAGCAUUUGUACACUAGAUAGAUCUCACCAAUCUAGAGCUGUAAUUUAUCUCCUCCUCCCUUCUUUUUUUUUUUUUUUUGUUCCUCUUGGUGUUAUUGUCCUUGUUGCAUUAGGGGCAAGCCUUUAGUGGGGCUGGAGUUUUAUGCAAGCCUUUGUAAAGUUUCCAGUUUGGAUGCCAGAUGAAUAAGCUAUCUUUUCUAGUCAUAUCCAACAUUUUGUAUUGUCUCAUACUGUCAAUUUUGAAAUUUGAAUCAGUCACCUUGAACAAGCAUAAAUAUUCCGAGCAUUAUUCUGUUA